AUGGCAGACCCUGUCCCAAGAAGCUGCAGUCUCCUUACUAUUGCCGUGUAUCCCAGAAUGCAGUCGGAAGCUCACGGCGCCACAUCUGCUCUGAUGGAAAAUGAAAAGUGCAUUAAACAGAAGAUUCUCCAGGGAGAGGAGGGUGGAAAUGCUGACAUCUGGCAGACCAAACAUUGUCUGAGGUUGGGGCAAGACAGCCACAAACGGACCAACAAUCCACAGCAGGCAGAGAGAGAGGCUCACGUUGAUGUGAAGACCACAGAUGGCUACCUACUUUGCCUAUUCUGUGUUGGAUUCACCAAAAAGCGUAACAACCAGAUUAGAAAGACUUCUUAUGCCCAGCAUCAGCAAGUGUGUCAGAUCCGCAAGAAGUGGAUGGAAAUCAUGACUCGUGAAGUGCAGACAAAUGACUUGAAAGAAGUUGUUAACAAGCUAAUUCCAGACAGUAUAGGCAAAGACAUUGAAAAGGCCUGCCAGUCCAUCUAUCCUCUACAUGAUGUGUAUGUACGCAAAGUGAAGAUGCUGAAAAAGCCAAAGUUUGAGCUGGGCAAACUUAUGGAACUACAUAGUGAAGGCGGUGGUGCUGGGAAGCCUGCAGGAGAUCAGACAGGGGCCAAAGUAGAGUGGGCUGAUGGAUAUGAACCCCCAGUUCAGGAAUCUGUCUGA